AUGGAAACACGUCCCUUGUUAUCACCUAUUUGCGAAGAUAGCUCACUGGAUCCUCUCUCCUGUGGGCCAGAUGGUGUUCAUUUCCCAACACUUGAUGGACCUUUUGAUCAUGAUGUUGAAUCUGGAGCAAGAAAAAGUUUAGAUGUUGAAACUGAAAGUCGUGAGAACCAAAGAUCAUCAUGCUGCAACAUCCUCGCUUCCGGAAUGCUGUUUAGCUCCAUAACUAAAGCCACCGGGCUGUGGAAUCCACGGAAAAGCCCCUGUUCUAUUCUUUGUGCCUUUUUUGUCGCUUUAAACUUCCUGUCUCUGGUGGCUGAAAUUAUAAUUCCAAGCGUUUGCGGGCCCUUUGUAGAUCGUUGUGUGACACAAAAAAGCCGCGCGACAAAUGCGACAAGUAAUAAUAACAAUGCAAGUGAAUCCAAUGCUGCCAAGAUCUACGAAAUAACAUUGGCAUUCGAUGCGUGGAACGCUUUAUCUGACACAAUGACAUACAUUCUUUUAAUCCAUACCUUAUGCCGCGUACAACAACAAAUGCCCUUGCUUUCUCUUGCCUCAGCGAGAGCGAAAGUGUCACGACGCGAGUGGUUGUUUAUUAACGUGAUGUUCAUUAUUUGCUCAACUGCUAUAACUAUUGCAAGCGCACUUCGAAUAUCGAUUGUCAAAUCCGGCAAAAUGAAGUUUUACGGCACGUUCGGUUCGGGUGUUUUAAUUGUUUACCUGACAGCAUUCAUAUGUACUUGCGUGUUUGUGGUGCUGACAUGUGCGAUGAGUAGUUUAGUCGAUGUAUGUUUCAAUGAAAUUUGUUCUAUGAGUCACGCAACACUUAAUAAGAUCAUCGCCUUACAUCAGAAGUUGUGUGGCCAACUUGCAACCGCCUCCCAAAUUUUAGCACCAUGGUUUCUUGUUCAUUGGCUAAUGUUUGGUGCUAACUGUAUUGCAGUAUUUGCCUUCGAUUCCAUGCAUUUUGAAUUUUUAACUCAUAAGUUUAGCGGUGCACCUACUGUGUUUAUGGCGGUUGCUUUUGUCCUUAAUUUUGCUCUAUUUUUGGUACCGUGUGUUUUUGCGUCAAGGGUGACUUGGAAGUGCGAAUCUCUCCUGUUCAAACUGAACAACAUGACCGCAAGAGACUGGAACGAGGAGCACCCCUUUUGUGAACACACCAAUGUGAAUGCAUUUCUAUUUUAUGCUGAACGGAGUAAGUGUGGAUUUCGGGUCAGAAACAUAACAUUUGGAUCCAGUGGAACCUGGAUUUCAGCGCUGCUUGGUCUUCUUGGUCUUGGAAUACGAUUUGUGCAGUACAUCAACUGA